AUGGAUAUCUACUGGCCUGAUUACGUGGAAUCUUCAUGCCGUCAAAAUCACACCUGUUUCGAUUCAUCAGAUUUUAUGAUAACCGCUUAUCACUGCACAGCCCUUCUCACAAUUCCAUUAUCUAUAUUUACAUUUAUGACUAUUAUUCGAGUGACACCGAGAAAAAUGAAAAAUAUGAAAAUACCACUUUUGAUUGCUCAUGCUUGGGGCACAAAUUUGGAUUUGUUGCUUACUGUAAAUCUGACACCUGUGAUGUACUAUCCAACUGCUUCUGGAACGCCCCGAGGACUUUUUGCGGCUUUAGGAAUCCCGGUGAAAUGGUGCGCGUAUGUUGCUCAGGUUUCUAUAAUUAUGAUCGGUGUGAAUUUCGUGAUGCUUUUGGAGAAUCGACACAGCCAAAUUUCAUGGAUCAAAUUCAAAAUCACUCGGCUCAAAACGAGACUUGUCUAUUUUGGAGUCAAUUAUUUUUUGGCAUGUUUCCUAAUGCUUGCAUUUUAUAUGGAAGAUGCAGAUCAGAUGGAACUUCGAAAAUUUGUUUUGAAGAGAAUUCCCUGUCCUACUAUUGAUUUUUAUGACAAAAAUACAUAUGUUCUUUUGAAAGGAGGAGAAAUGUUACCGUUUUUGGCAAUCACCACUGGUUUAUUAAUUGUGAUAAUUCAAUCGUUAUUCUUUUUAAUUCAUACAAUUUACUAUUUGAAUUAUGUGAAACAGGCAAAUAUCUCAGAGUCUACCAGAGCAUUACAACGCAAGUUUUUGGGUUAUGUAGCGAUGCAGGUCACCAUACCCUGGACCUCCUUAGUGUGUCCCAUCCUCUACUCCCUUUACGCCGACUCGAAUCAAUAUUACAAUCAAGCUUUCAACAAUAUUUCAAUGGUUUUCAUGGCUAGUCACGGAAUGACAAGCACCGUUUGCACACUUUUUAUCAUAAAACCUUAUCGAGAAUUCGUAAAAAAUCUAUUCAAAGGAAAUAAGGAAUAUGAUCCGAAAAAUAUGUGGGCUUCUAUGGCUCCCACUUCGAUGGCUCCCACUUCGAUGGCUCCGAAAGUUGAAAAAUCUGAGAGAGUUAGCAGUGUUGGAAGUGUUUCUGGAUAG